UUGUUUGCUAUUUGGAAUCAUUAAAGCAUCGCAAGUAUGCCAAUGUACAUUUCCGUCCGAGCUGAUAGGAAUCUGGAAAGGAGCUGACCGAGGAGACAUGACAUUUGUGAAUUCUACAUACAUCAAAGUUUAUUCAGUAAACAUUCCAGGUGUCAAUUUUUUCCACUUUUAUUGUUCCGAACAACGAGGGAAUAAAUACUUCUUAAAAGCGGAACAAGAGAACAAAAUUUUUGGUUUAAUUAUCUAUUUUUAUAUGUGCAUAGAAAUACACGUUGUUGAUAGUGACAUUGCCUAUUACUACCAGUUGACAGAACACGAUCAAUACUUGUUUGAUAACUUAGUUGGGGAUGGCACAAACUCGGCUACUUUUAACAACGUAUGCAGCAGGACAUUGGUCACUCGUAAUUUCAUUACAUUAGUUCGAGACGGUUCAAUAGCUGAUGGCAGUCUCAGUAAAACCUGUCCAGAAGACCUGUUAGCCAAGUUUGCUAAUGUUUCCAUUCAGCACAAUGACAAAGAGAACACAUCGACAUGUCCUAAUACUGUAUUUGAUGUCUGUACAGAUGACACUGUAAUCAACAUAACAUAUGUUGACACGUGUGUAAAUGCGACAACGGACAAAACCUUGUCAGAUCUAGGAGUAUAUCGUUGUAUACAUGAUGUGAAAGACGGAUCAGAUACCUACUUAUCAAUAUGGAACGAUGAUCCUGGAGUUUCCAAUCCAUUUAGCUGUCUAGCUUUAAGAAGAACUGGUAAUACAAUUUACGCUACAGAAACCCCAAAGUUCUGCAGUAAUACAACAACAUCUACUGAAGCUGAAGCAGGUGGCGUUAAACUUGUUAUAUGGGAUGUGAUAACAAAAUCAACAGAUACCACACUCAGUCCUCCCGUCGAGACAACAGAGGUUCCGCCAAGUCUUUCUGUAUUGACAACAGAGUCUCCGCCGAGUCAUUCUGUGGGGACAACAGAGGCUUCAACCAUUCUUCCUGCAGUAACAACAGAUGGUCAACCAAGUCUAGUUGGUCUUUAUGCACAUAUAAUAUCCGCAACUGUGUUUCUGCUCAUUCUAGUCGCGUUUUUUGGAAUAUGUUGCUGUCGAAAAUAUAGAUGUGCGAGCAAGAAUUAAAAUUUUCCUAAACAAGAAAUUGAACCAUACAGCAAUCGUUCGCAUAAAGGAGAGAGUAAAAUGAAAUAAUGAAAAAUAUAUAUAUUUGAUACAAAUUUUAUAAAACAUGUAAAAUUUUAUUAUUUAAAUCCUCAACAACCGCUACAUGUUUUCCAUUUUUUUCAUCCUGCAUGGACAAAGUCAUAUCUGUUAGUCAUAUCAUCGUUCAAAAAUACAUUAAUUAAUAAAAUGAAAGAGAGACUAUUCCGAAUACCAUCUGGUGUUAGUUUCUUGGCUAAUUUCAAAUCUAGAAUUUCAUAAAAGAUGCUUUUAUCACAUUCAAAUAGAAUAGAACAUAUUAUUAUA